AUGGCACAAGCUCGAGGAGCUUUCAUUGUCUUUGAAGGUCUUGACCGAUGCGGAAAGACCACACAAACAAAUUUACUUUUAAAUUUUCUGAAAAGUAAAUAUCCUCAAGUUCAUGAAACAGCAUUUCCCGAUCGCUCGACGGAUAUUGGAAAAUUGUGUGAUGCCUACUUGAGAAAUAAAAACAACAUGAACGAUAAUGCCAUCCACUUGUUGUUCUCCGCCAAUAGAUGGGACAAGAUGGCAUGGAUUGAAAAAACAUUACUAUCAGGAGAGCAUAUUGUGUGUGGACGAUAUGCAUACAGCGGUGUGGCUUAUAGCGCUGCAAAAGGAAUGGAUAGGCGUUGGUGUCAAGCUCCUGAUGUUGGUCUUAUUGAGCCAGAUCUUGUCAUUUAUCUGAAAGUGGAUGCUAGUGUCGCUUCGUCACGAAAAGAAUAUGGCAUGGAACGAUAUGAGAAGGAAAAGUUUCAACAAUUAGUGAAAGAUCAAUUUGAAGUGCUUUUUGAAAAUGAUAAGAAAGUUAAAGUGAUCGAUGCUACAAAGAGUAUUGAAGAAAUUGCUCAAGAAAUUGCCUUAAUUUCGGAACAAGUUAUUGAGAAGGUGAAAUAUGAACCAUUAGAUAAGUUAUGGACAAGUAACUAG